CGUGCCUAGGACGAGACCCAGAGAGAUCCGGCACCCAUCCUGUCUCGGGGGAGCAUUGAGCUCCCCUACCCCCGGUUCCCACCCGGCCCGGGGGGCUCCUCCAGCAUCGGCCCCACCCCCGGGGUCCCCAUGGAAGCCAGCUGCGCCCCGGGAGGAGCUGGAGGAGGAGUCGGCUGAAUGCCCACAGUGCGUUCGGCGCCGCUGCCUUAAGGUCCCCCAGCGCCCCCGACCCGCGCCACCCCCGCCGCUCCUCCCCCGGGGCUCGCCGGGACCUGCCCCCCCCCGGGGUGCUUGCCCGGCCCAGCCGCAGCUCGGUGCGGGGAUCGCCGCCGCCCUGGAGUGAGGGAAGCGCAGUCCGAAGGGGGGUCUCCUGGAACCCGGCGCGAUGGACGCCGUCUUGGAACCCUUCCCGGCCGACAGGCUGUUCCCGGGAUCCAGCUUCCUGGACUUGGGAGACCUGAACGAGUCGGAUUUCCUCAACAAUGCGCACUUUCCAGAGCACCUGGACCACUUUGUGGAGAACAUGGAGGACUUCUCCAAUGACCUGUUCAGCAGCUUCUUUGAUGACCCUGUGCUGGACGAGAAGAGCCCUCUGCUGGACAUGGAACUGGACUCCCCUGCUCCAGGCAUCCAGGCUGAGCACAGCUACUCCCUGAGUGGAGAUUCUGCACCCCAGAGUCCCCUUGUGCCCAUCAAGAUGGAAGACACCACCCAAGAUGUGGAAUGUGGAGCUUGGGCACUGGGACACAAACUGUGCUCCAUUAUGGUGAAGCAGGAGCAGAGCCCGGAGCUACCCGUUGACCCUCUGGCUGUCUCCUCCGCCAUGGCUGCUGCUGCCAUGGCUACCCCACCACUUCUGGGCCUCAGUCCCAUCUCCAGACUGCCCAUCCCUCACCAGGCUCCAGGAGAAAUGACUCAGCUGCCAGUAGUCAAAGCAGAAGCCCCAGAAGUGAGCCAGUUUCUCAAGGUGAUGCCAGAGGACCUCGUGCAGAUGCCUCCAACACCCCCCAGCAGCCACGGCAGUGACAGUGACGGCUCCCAGAGUCCCCGCUCUCUGCCCCCUUCCAGCCCUGUCCGGCCCAUGGCCCGCUCCUCCACGGCCAUUUCCUCUUCUCCGCUCCUCACUGCCCCUCAUAAACUACAGGGGACAUCAGGGCCACUGCUCUUGACAGAAGAGGAGAAGCGGACCUUGAUCGCUGAGGGUUACCCCAUCCCCACCAAACUCCCCCUCACCAAGGCUGAGGAGAAGGCCUUGAAGAGGGUACGCAGGAAAAUUAAGAACAAAAUCUCCGCCCAGGAGAGCCGCCGCAAGAAGAAGGAGUACGUGGAAUGUCUAGAAAAGAAGGUGGAGACAUACACAUCAGAGAACAAUGAGCUGUGGAAGAAGGUGGAAACCCUAGAGAAUGCCAACAGGACCCUGCUCCAGCAGCUGCAGAAACUCCAGACUCUGGUCACCAGCAAGAUCUCCAGACCUUGUAAGAUGGCGGCCACCCAGACGGGCACUUGCCUCAUGGUGGCAGCCUUGUGCUUCGUUCUGGUGCUGGGCUCCCUCGGGCCCUGCCUUCCUGCAUUUUCUUCCAUUCCCAAGACUGUGAAGGAAGACCCCAUUGCAGCUGACAGCGUCUACACAGUCAGUCAGAGCUUUUUAGAUGGUGAUUUCUGGAACCCAGAAGCUGCUGUCCUUACAUGCACAUGCAUACUAGUGCCUUCUCGAAGCCUGCUGUUCUAUGAUGAUGGGACAGGUUCAUGGGAAGAUGGCCGAGGUGCCCUACUGCCUGUGGAGCCCCCAGAAGGCUGGGAGCUCAAACCCGGGGGGCCAGUAGAACCGAGGCCCCAGGACCACCUCCAGCAUGACUAUGUGGACAGCACCCAUGAGACCACCAAGUAUUUGAGUGAGACCUGGCCAGAGGAUGCUAAUGACAAUGGCACCAGCCCCAACUUCUCCCACCCCAAGGAGUGGUUCCAUGACAGGGAUCUGGGCCCCAACACCACCAUCAAACUCUCCUAGGCCUCCCAGAGACCCAGGACACAGGACGGACACACUGGCACCCAGAAGAGGCGUUCUCUUGCUCACUGACCCAGAUCCAGCUCCCACCCCUGCCCUGGGGCCCUCUGCCCUAGGAGAGAGGGUCUUUCUUCUCCCCAGCCAUCCAGUCCCUACUGUGGCUGGGGUCCUUCUUUGUCCCCGGACAUUUGGACAGCUCCCCUGGCCACUCUCUUCCCUCUUCUUCCCAUCUGUUCUCCUCCAAAAAACCACUCACUGGGCCACUCCUGCUUCCUUUCCCAUAGUGACCAACACGACCACUGUUUCUGGCCCCUCAUACACACACACAAACACACACACACACACAUGAACACAUGCACACACAAUCACACCCCCACCUCCUACUGUACAGAGACCAAGAACAGAAAUUGUUUGUAAAUAAUGAACCUUAUUUUUUAUUAUUGCCAAUCCCCUAAGAUAUUGUAUUUUACAAAUCUCCCUCCUGUCACCUCUCCCUUAUUUUGUAUUUUAUGAAGUUAGCGCGGGCUUUGCUACCCCUUGGCCUGGGACAGAGGGACACUCCACCCUCUCCCGGUUUCCCCAUGCCGCUGCCCAAGUUGCUGGGCCUUUUGAAUUGCCAAACUGCUCCUCCACCAGCUCAGC